UACAGUGGAAGGAAUCAUGAAAACUUUCUAAACGAGAAAAUGCAUGAAAUCCUUUUUUUUCCAAAGAUGAUAAUCUUACUGCUGGUUAUAACUUGUUCUUUUGAACAAGAGUAAAUAUGACCAACUUGUAAGUAAGUGCUUUAAGAUUAAGUUGUUUACCACAAAGUUUCUGAUUGACUUUGUAGCUUUUCCCCCAACUAUGAAAAAUCUCAGGUUCCUUAGCAGAUGGUGUUGCAUCCUGUCUGCAUCAAUAUGAAGCCUGUGAUUGAAGAAGAGAUGCCAGAUUGUGAACAGGAGCAUUCAUCAGAACUGACGCUUGAGGAGUCUUUUGUGGGAGUUCUGGGGUCAGAGGUGACCACAAAGGCCCCAGGUCCCACCAAGGAGGAUGAAGAGAUUCUGGUGCUGAGCCAAGUGAUGGAAUCAGUUGGGUACUUUUGCCGUAGACUGAAUUAUACAAAGAAGUAUAUUCAGGUGUCUGAUGAAAGUCCUUCAGAUACGGACACAAACACAGAACUAACUGUCUCUAACUCCUCGAACAGAUAUGAGACUCCUGGUAAAAAAUUCAGCUGUAAACUAUGUGGUGUGGAGUACCGCCGCAAAGCAAACCUGGUGUCUCACAUGCGAAUGCACACCGGAGACACUCCGUACUGCUGUGAACUGUGUGGGAAGGCGUUUCGACGUUCAGACUGGCUUAAAUUGCACUUGAAAGUCCACAUGGGUGAAAAACGACAGAGAGCUAAGCACUUUGUUUGCAAUCAGUGUGGGAUGAAGUUUGAUUGCUCUGCCGCACUCCAAAGUCAUAUAUGGAAACACAAUGGUGAGAGACCACUAUCCUGCCCGCUCUGUGAGAAGACAUUCUACAGUAUUGUAAAUCUCAGAAGCCACCAAAAUGAUUGUCACUCUGGAGAGAAACAGUUUUAUUGCUCCUUGUGUGGACACAGCUUUGCGCGCCUUCAUACACUGCAGAAACACACACGGAUUCACACUGGAGAGAAACCGUUCUCCUGUUCAGAGUGUGGAAAAAGUCAUCGUUAUAAAUAUUCAUUAUUGCAUAAUAAACUGCACUCAGACGAAGGCUGAACUGAUGGGAGUAAUAUCUAUUGUCAGGCUAUUCCUUUUCAAAAUUGUCGUACAUUGCAUUCUUUCAGUCUGGAAGAAAAAUAAAUUAAACAGGGUCAGAAAUUUAGGGAGGCUUGGGGCAAAAAUGCCCCCAAAACUCAAAAUGUGGAGUCACUAAAUGCAAUUGUAAUGAAGUCUUUUGUUUUUUUCAUCAGUAACAUCUAAAUUAUUUUUAAUAUUCUAGUACAGUUCUAACAUACUGUACAUAUUGUGGCAUAAAUAAUGAAUUAAUGUUCAUUUUUAGUUUAAGUCUUGAGAAUUUGUAUUAAGGAAUCAAUUAAAGUAUUUGAUAUAAAUGACACUGUUUAUGCUGUAAAUGGUUAGAAAAAAAUAUGUUCUCAUAAGGGUUACAAAUGCCCUGAAAAACAAAUCAAGGGGGUAAAUAUUUCACUUUAAUAUAAAAGUUAAUUUCUGACUGAAAUUAACCCAAAGAAAUUAAAUAACCCUAUUACCCCGUAUGUAUCAGAUAUGAUAUACAACGUUUGACGGCUCCUGUUUCACUCUCUGUUCAAUUUGACGAAUGCCCAAGCAAGUGAAAAAAGUGGUUUCAUCAAAAGUGUUUAUAUCGAUUUAUUUAAAAUGGUGGUGGACUUAGUUUAUUGAAGUAGAAGUGACAGUAAUGAUUAAAUUGCUACUGAUAUUUUAGAAUUAGUAUUUGCUGAAUAUAAGCAACUUGUGCUUGGUUAAACAUUUUUAUAUAAUUUUAUUGAAAAAGCCAGUUGAAAUCCAUAUGUAUCAAAUAUGAAACAACAGGCUUUUGUGGUAUAUUUCUCAAUCACCAUUACAUUCCAACUCUCAAACAUUUGGUAUCUCUGAAAAGCCCAGGGAGUCCUCUGAUAAUACCCCAAGAUUUACCAUUGUAGCAUUUAUGGGCUAAGAAAACUUAAAUAACAAAUGUCCUACACAAAAAUGAAUUGCUGGGCCUCAGGAAAACAAUGACCUUAAAAGCCUAAUGUAUAAAAUAUGGUACGUAAAAAAACUUUUAAAAAAAACUUGCUUUGUGUCUAUGGUUUUAGAGUUUAGAGUUUUCUGAUGUCUUUCAUAUGUCAAGUCAAUAUAUGUUAAUAAUAUAACUUGGGAACUGUUGCUGAGUUAUAGGACACAUUUGUAUUUUGUUAAUUCAUACUCUGUUGGAUAAAUCCAACUUGUUCUCAUUUUCUCCUGCUGAAAUUUGUGUAAACCUGCUUGACAGUA